UUUCCUUUCAGCCUAAGAAUGACCUGGAACCAUUGAUGGAUAUAUUGAAUGAGUACCGAGGGACACUGGGACAAUUUCCUGAUGUGUUAAAAGUGCAUGAAGGAGCAAUAGGUAAAGCUAAGGAAUGUGUCAAACAGCAAGGCGAGGGUAAAAUGUUGGAGUCUGUCGUAGGGACGGUCACUCAACGAGCAGACAUAAUUUCAUUUGGAACUAUGGCAGAAAUAAAUCACUUCCAGCAUUCCCGCUGUGAAGAUUUUAAAGCAACAAUGAAAACAUUUCUCACGGGUCAGAUCAAGUUUUAUCAAGAGAUUGCAAACAACUUGCAAACAGCCUUAGAUCAUGUUGAACAAUCCUGAAAACUUUUAAAACAUGUACUGUCUUCAUUACUGAAGUGGAUUCUCACUGUGUUGCGGCCUUGUUCUUCAAAAAAAACUGUCAAAAAAUAACUCACCGAGAACUUGGCUUAUCUCCAUAUAGCCAAGUAAAAAAAAAAACACAAUACUUUCUAUGAAAAAGAAAAAUGUUGGUUUUUGGUUUGUUUUUCUCAAACAGACUGAAAAUGUCAAGCUGCAGUCUUGUAUGCUCUAAAAGUAAAGUGAAAUAUCUUUUCUUUUUUUAAUGGUUUUAAAAGUUAGAAAAUAGAUAAGGAAUGAUGGGUAAAGAAAAUCUUUAUUUUAUUAUGAUAAGAUAUUAUAUGAUACAAUGUGAUAAGAUAAGAUAAGAUAAGAUAGAAAAGGUAUUCUGUUACUUGAGAUUUGGUAGAUUUAGUGAAAUGUAUAAUGAUAUUGUAAAGAAAAAAAAAUUAUAUAGGAAAGUUUAUGAAAAUUGAGUUUUAUGAAUAUAUUUGUUUAUUGUAUUGUAAACAAUGCAAAUUGUUGUUAGAUUGUUGUAUUUUAUCAAUCAAUAUGAAGAAUCAAAAACAAUGAUUAAUUUAACAAUAAACAAUGCUGAUUGAAUUUUUUAAUCAUAUACGUAUGAAAAAUAGAAGAAAAAAUCUUAGUUUGGUAAAAAUAUUGUUUUAAAAAACUUCUAAGAAUACAUUGAAUUACAUGAAUGCCCCCACUUAAAGCUGGCUUUGUUUAAAAAUUUGGACCAUUCAAUUUUUUUUUUGUACAAGUACAUUGGAGGCACUUGAAAGUUUAUUUUCUAAUCAUGUAAUUGAUGAUUAAUUUUUUUAAGCGACCUCACAUGUUUUUGUUUUUUUAAACUUCUAGUCUAAAUGUUUAAAUGUCUUUAAAAAAUUUAACAUACUAAUGUAUAUGGUAUAUAUUGCAUUAACAUUCUUGGUAACAUGACAAUAAUUACAUUAUAAAGUUCACUGGUAUUGAGUUCUCCAGUAAAGAAGACACCGGUAGAGAGUUCAUCAGUGUAGAGUUUACCAGUAAAGAGUUCACUGGUAUAGAAAUGACAAGUAUAAGUUCACCGGUUUAGCAGUAAAGAAGUCGUUGGUAUGGAGUUCACUGGUUUAGAGUUCACUGGUUUAGAGUUCACUGGUUUAGCAGUAAAGAAGUUGUUGGUAUGGAGUUCACUGGUUUAGAGUUCACUGGUAAAAUGUUCACAAGUGUAGAGUUUACUGGUAUGGAGCUAAGUCAGAGUGCAAAUUGUUCGUGCCGUCAAACCAGAUUCUGUACUGCUAAGAGAUUACAGUUUUAUUAUUGUGAUACUGAAAUCCCUUUAAAUUUAAAUGGACUGUUCUAAAAGUCAAAGCAGGAACAGUUCAUUAUUAGAAUUGAGGAUGGUUAUAGGCUAAAUGAAAAGGAGAUUCAACAGGCAUGGUGUUUUUUAGUUUGCAGGUUUGACACAAUAUUGUUGGAACUACUUUUUAAGAUAUAUACCAAUAUUUUUACCAACAGUUUUCCAAUGACUUUUUGUAUUUUUUGUUAUUGUCCAAAAAUUGUGACUUUUUUUUUAAAUAAGAAAAAAAAAUGGAAAUUGUAUCAAAGAAUUAGUUGAUAUUUAUCAAUACAUGAGGGUUUGUUAUCUUUAAAUCAAUUAUGAAUAGGAAGAACACGUUAACUUUAGAUUUUUUUAUCAGAUUAAACGGUUUCAGUCACAUCGCCUUUGUGAGAAUUGUAGUGAUAUAUUGUAAAAUUACAAGUAUUUUAAAGCAAGACAACAGUAACUAUUGUUAAUAUAAAAUAAAUAUAUAAUUUAAUUUAGCAUAAACUCCUAGAAUUUUUUCUUAAUUUCUAAGCAUAAAAAAUAUAUUAUUCAUAUAUUAUCAUCAUUAUUAAAAAUUAGUUCGUUUUUGUACAUUUUUUUCGUCAUUUGAGCCACGUCAUGACAAAACUAACAUAAUGCAUUUGCUUACCAACUCUAUUACAAGUAGAGAAACUGAUAGCGAACAGCAUGGAUCCUGAUCAGACUGCGCGGUCGCAAACGCACUAUGUUGGUUUUGCCGUGAUGCGGCUCUUUUUUUUCACAAAGGAUAUUCUAUUUUAUACACAGUGUACAUAUAAUUAUAGCAUCAUUUCAGGAUUUAUUAACAUUUGGUGCUUCAAUGUUUCUUGUAUGACAUAGUCAUAUUUAUUCACUGAUUCAAAUUUGAGGGAUAUUCUAUUUUUUCCACAGUACUUGGUGUAAAAAAAUGAUCACCUAGGCCAUGAAAUUGUUUACAUAUUUUUGACAAUUUUUACAAUUUCUUUUCAAAAAUACUUUCACAAUGUUUUCAUAGAGAAGUCUUGUGAAAAGUGUUGUUUUUCUGCACAAGUCAUUUAUAUUGGUACCAAGAAAUAUUUCAUUUUAUCAAUUUUGACUUUAAAGUUUUACCAAAGGUUCUCUCAUAUGCUUAUUGAAAUGCUUGAAAGGACAUUAAAAUAAAAAAAAACAACAGAAAACCAAAAUGAUACCAGUUAUAUGACUAGAACAAAAAAAGAAGGAUUAGAAAAGAAUGCUUUUUCAGAGUGAUUUAUUGUGGCAAGUUCUGUUAAAAUAUGAAGGAUAUGUACCUUGAAAAAUUCACAAAAAUAUUUUUGUUAAAUAGUUAAUUGAACCUUGUGAGAAAAAAAUAAGAUAUCCCUCAGGUUUUGAAUUUAUGUUUCAUUGUUAAGUUUCUUGUUAAUUGAUUGACAGUUUAAUUUGUGUUUUAAUGAAUGAAAUUACAAAUUGAAUAUAUAAAUCAGUUAUAAAUCAAUGUAUUUUGUAUUCGAUUUAUUAUGUGUAUCACAUUGUUUUAUUCAGAAAAUAGUUCUACUAUGAAGUGCUGCUUGACUUGAAUGUAUGAAUAAAAAAAUGUCUUUAUAUGUAUAGAAGUUAUCAUAAGUGAAAAUGAGACUUUUUUGAUGAGGAAAAACAUUUUCAUUGUUGUCAAACAUUACAGAUCAUCUUUUAUUCAAAUGAUUUUUUUUUAUUCAUAAAAAAAUGAGGUUCAUAGUUUAUAAGUGUUGUGUAAAGUUUAAUGUCCUUUCUUUUUCAAACAGUGGAAUAUUUGCGCCAUAAAUUUGAAUUUGUAAAUGCGGAAUACAUUAUGCAACUUUCACUUAAUAAGAACGUCAACCUUUCUGUGGAAUUGAUGUGGCAUAUUUGUCUUUACUCUGGCUUUGUGAAGCAUUUUGUUUUUCAUCUGUAUGGAAUUUAUCAUCUUUAUCAACCCUUAGCUAUGUAACCAGUACAGACCAAGAUCAGCCAGUAUUUCAGUGGCGGUUUGAUCAUAACCUGCACUGUUUGCUACUCAGUCAAUUCAUAUUUUGAUCAUUGUCCCAAAAUGAUGAAUGGUUAUGUCCAGAUUGAAAGAUAGACACACGUUCAUUGAAUAUAAUUAAUAUAAGAAGAGUUAAUUUUGAAUUUCAGGUGGUAUAAAACAUAUUCUUCCUGUGGAUUAUGUGAUUGGUAUUUUGUGCUUAAUGCUUAACUAUGAAAGUGUCUUAAAAUUCUGUCUACAGUUAAACAGUCAGUCAGUGUUAUAACUUUAUAUAAAAGGCUUUGUUCGUGUUAUUAUUGUCGUUUUUUCCCAAUUUUAAAUCUAAAAGUUGCCAGUAUUGAACAAAAUCUGUGAUAAAAGUGUGUGUUUGUUCUAUAAUAAAAAAUCAGCUCAAAAUUACAUGACAUUAAUUAUUUUUAGUCCAUUAAUGUAUCCAGUAUAGACUCAAAAUUAAAAUUAUGUAAAUGGUGUUUAACAUUUUAUCUUUGGUCAGUAUAGGAUUGUAAUAAUUGUUUUAUUUACUUUAUUACUGGAGAAAAGUGUAACUCUGUUAUGUGUCAUGUUUUCAUAUGUUCUUUAAUUAAUUUCGACCAGUUUAAAUUUGGUAAAGAUUGAUUCCAGACUAACAUGUUAAUGUAUGUAAACCAGUCGAUAAUACAGCUUUGCCAUUGGUCAGUUUUCAAGUAAAAAAGAAGUAAACAACAGCAAAUAAGAUAACAGGUUUUCAAAAUGAUUUUAUAGUUAGUUAUCAAUGUGGGCCUUUACCUUAUUUUUAUGUAAAUUACUUAAAACAGUUUAUAUAUUUUAUUUUGUAAUAAGAAUUCAGGGCAUUGGAAUUUUUUGUUUUAGUAUAUGUUUAGUGAAUAAAGCAAAUCUGUCGAUCUAUCAAUUUUGUUUUUCAAAGCCUGUUAGAAAUAAGCUGAAAGUUUCUGGUCAUUCAGUGAUAUGGUCAAUAUGAAUAAUUUCUUCAUAAUCUUUACGAGGCAUUUUGAAGACUUGAGGUCAACCCACCAUAGUUAAAAAUCUCUUUAACAGAAACUUCACCAAUAGUGUCAUAAAUUAACAUAAUUAUCAUCCCACCAAAGUCUCUAAUAUUUUACAGAAGUCUUAACAAAAUUUGAGAUUGAUAUAGUUGUUUAUUAAUAUGUUUACAAUGUCAUACACGGCCAAUAAUCCAUUUCUAAUUCUGGUAUUCAAGGAUUACAUUUUAUAUAACAUUUUGAACUUUAUUGCCAAUAAUUGUAAAAUUAUCUUAUUUUGAUGUGAUAAGUUAGAUAUUAAAUGUUUAUGAUUUGAAUGAUAUUAGUUAAUAAAUGGUUUAAACGAAUUACAGGGCCAAUGAAUCAUGUGAUAAGUCAUUUAUUGAAUGUUUAUGAUUUGAAUUAAUCAGCCAAAUAUCAUGAUCUUGUAUAGUACUCUUAGUUAAUACAUUUAAAAUACAUUUGAGAGUUUGUUAAGAUGAAUAUAAUGUAAGUAAAAAUAUUGUUUGUAAAAAUGAUGUAUCAUCUAGUAUGCCUAAAUUUGUUUGAUUUAAAUAAACAUUUUUGAAAAAG